AAUUGCGCUAGAUGUCAAAUGUCAUCGCGCCUCUAUCCUGCGACGAUAAAGCUUCCGCUUCUGCACGAGCGAAGCGAUAAAAUGCGCUUUGUAUAUAAACUUUUUCACGAUUAUUAAUUAGAAAAUCACUUUGGCGAGGCGAUAAAAAAGCGCGCGUGUCCGUUGAAAAAUCUAACUCAAUCCAGUAUAAGAGCGUAGGAAUUCAAGCGCUAAAAAUUACCAUAGCAGCGAUGCGAGGGAAAAUGAGUGAAUAAGUAACGCACAUCCAACACCGGGGAGCGCAACGAAAAUAAAGAAACGACCGGCGCGCAGCUGAGAGUCGAGAAGAAGGAAGGGGCGAGACGAAUUCAAGUGAAGAAGAUUGAGGAGAAGGAAAUUCCUGCAGAUGCGCCCAAAGUGUGCAGCAGCAGCAGUAGCAUCGCAGAGUAGGGAGAAAUCUGGCAUUCGUGUGUUAUCUUGCUCUCGUGCGACGCGUGCAGCUGAGGUCGUUUUGUUGCACCCCACGCGCCGCCGUUCCUUCAUUUCUUCUUCUUCUUCGCUUUAUGCUGAGAGCUUUCAGUUAGUCGCUUUCCGUGCUCCGCUACGUCGAGAUCCGCGCGUGCUGUUGUUGUCUCUUUUUAUAUACUCCUACUCAUAGUUUAUUUUUUAGAGUUAUCGACAGUCGCGCGGUUCUUGAACCAUACACUUUCUGUUUUCCCGAUCGGACGGCUGAUCGUGAGCUUAUCUCGACACAGGCCUACUGCAGAGCUUUUUUUUUUUGUAAGAUUGAGAGUGUCGGUCAGUUCGUUUAGGGGGAUAACAAAGAGGCGACUCUUUACGCUGCAGCCGGUGUCUGAUGAAGCUUUAGUGGUGCAAGUGACACGCGAUCACUAAGUUCGACGAUCUUUCUUAUCUGUGUGUCUUUGUCGCGCGAAUUUGCGAAUACACUGCCAUGCGGGGACUUGCGCUGCUGUUUGUUAUUUUUUUCAUCACAUUAUUAGAGACGCAGACAUGCGAGCUCGACAAAAUGGGCAACGGAUGCAGGAUCUUCAACGGUCAGUGCUCCUGCGGUUAUGGCUGCAAAUCUGAAUUCAGAUAUCCGAACAUGGAUGAGUGCAGACUCGCGAUCGCCGGAGGACGACAUAAUGCCUGCUUCAGAUCCACGACGUGUCUACACGGGGGCAGUUGUCUUCAAAUCACAUCCGAUCCUGGUUUCAAAUGCCUCUGCGAGGGAACUGGCUUCUUUGGACCUAAGUGCGAAAGUCCGUGUCCUGGACCUGCAAACACACAUUACCGAGGACCUUUCCCGUACGAGUGCGUCGUCAUAUAAAGAGAAAUAAAAGAUCCAUCAAGACGUUAUUUUUUUUUAAACAAGACUAUUUACUUCCUAUUGGAAUUAAUGCUCUAGAUUUAAAGCUUUUGUACAUAAAAUAUAGAUAUACAUGACUGGAAAAUACCAAAAAAUUGAAAAAUAAUAAACGUGUAUGCUGGUUUUUGUAAAUAAGGUAUAAUAAUAUUGAUUUUUUUGGCGUGAAUCAAAGGACAUUUUUAUACAAAAUGGUACAAUGAAAUCGAUCGAUUUGGAGGUAUCGAUUUUCACGUGAUGUGUGAGUAUACUAAUGACACUGUUUGGUUUUAUCUUGUUCAUUCUGAUGCUUCCAAUGUUUAUUCACCAAAGGAGGAUUUACAGUAUGUUAUGGUACGAUGUAUUUUUUUUGUUUUUUUUUUGUUUUUCUCUUCGAAUCUAUGGGGCACAAGAUGAUAACAAGCGCUAAACUUCAUUUUUCGCGAGUGUGCUUGUUUUUGUUGUUUUUACAAUUUGCAAUGUCAUACAUUCGCCUCGUUUGUGUCUCCCGUUUACGCUAUUUUCGUUCGAGAUUAUACAGAAAUUCUACCAUCGUUUACGCUCGGUUUGUCCCCCCUCCCCCUUGUUUUUGUGUUUUUAUAUAUUCAUGUGCUUUUUUUCUCAUCCUUUACAAUAGUCGCCGACAAACGAUGGUAAGAUUUCAGAUCAAAAUGCAAUCAUUCAGCAUGAUCCUCUACUCUCAUUAUUAUUCGUUUUUUUUUUUACUUCGAGUAGACUUUGCGUCUUUCGUUACUUUCUCACGACGUUUCCUCUUACGCUUUUUCUUUCUAGUUUGGUUGUCAAAUUAAAGAUUUCAACGGAAAGGUUUGUAUAACUCUAAUUUGAUUUUACAACACGACAUUGCAUCAGGAACUUAACGACAGACUCGUGCAGGUGCGCGUACGAGCGUUUCGAAGGAUUUUCGCUUGCGACUGGUUGUCGUCUUGUGUAUAGUUUUGCUUAAGUUUCGUAACAACAGUCUGACUGAAAAAAUGCUCAUACACGCACGCGCACCCCAGGCUUUUAUUUAAAUUCUCAUCUUUUUCUCUUAAUAUACUCUCUCGGACCAGUUGCUGCCCGGCGUAAUGUCUUUUUUACAAGUUUCGUUUUUUAGACAUCACACGUCGACAAAAUCGUCGCCGACACAUAUGCGUAUAGAGAUUCUACUUCUCCCGACACCUCUUUCGUUUGUUCCGUUAUUAUAUUCGAAGUUUCAUUUGAUUUCUUAGCGCUUCUUUACGCGAGCGCGCGUUGGCAACGCUCGAUUUAUUAUUAUUAUUUUUUUUUUUUAAAUUAUUUGUCAUUCUUCAGAACUCGCUUUUCUUGGGUAGAAAAAAAAGUACGGUUCGAAGAAAUCAUAACGUAAAAAAUAGUAUCAACAUGUACGUAUAUUUUUAUAAAGACAGACAGGACAAGUUUCAUUGUCGCAAAAAUUACAAACAGACGACAGCAGUGCGACCUGCCCUUUUUUAUACUUUUUUUUAUAUUUUUUUGAACGCUAAAGCCCGUGCCUACACUUU